AUGAAGGCAGUUCCGCCUGGUUCAAGUGUCCUUCGUUCCCCACUUCAAUUUCGAAAACGACCACAAAAGAUUGUGUAUGAAGAAGAUUCCUUACGACGAAGAUUCUAUAGAGAUCAUCCUUAUGAAUUAUUGCGACCUCAAAGCUUAAUCGAAAAGGAGAUACCUGUUAGAGAAGACUGGAGCACCUUAUUGGGUGCUGAACGUGUUGCUGAAGAGCAAGCGUUAGCAUUUGGUGCCAAACGACCUUUGUCUCAAACUGAGAGGGUAUUAAUAUUAGAACAAGAAAAUAUUAAGAAAUGCCCGCCAAAAGUAACGGUAAU